AUGGGCGCUGGCGUUAUCCUCGCCUUUCUCAAACCCAGCUUAGGUGAUGACGAAUCACUGCAAAACGACAAGUUCGCCCUCCUGCCCACGGCCAUAACAGCAAACGUCCUCGGUAUCGAGACAGCAACGCAGUAUACAGUAGCGAAUACAGAAUACGAAAAACAGCACCUUGUCAUUUGCGAAACGAAAGAUCUGGCACGUGUUAAUGUGAAGCAAAUGCUAAAAUUCCUGGAAGGGGAGAACAUGGGUGGAGAGUGGGAUAUCAGGGCGUACGGGGAGGUUGAGAUUUUUGGUUUGAAGAAGAGCGGUGGUACGCCUUUCUUAGAUCCUAGCAGAGGAGAAGCGGAUGGGGUUGUGAAGUAUAUCCCUGGGCUGACCGUACGUAUAGAAGCCGCCAAGACAAUUAUGGUAGCCCUCAUGCAACCAUCACCCGCCGGUGUCGCAGACCUGGAUGCUUGGUAUCGCGAAGAGCAUAACCAGCAGAUGUCUGAGCAACCAGGCUGGUUGCGCACAUGUCGGUAUUCACUCGUCUCGCAGCAAUCUAGUACUUCCCGUGAAGGCGGCGAGAGUCAAGAGCUGUCUUUCCUGGCUAUUCAUGAGUUCGGAGAGGGAGAGCAAUUGGGCGAUACGGUCAAGGCGCUGGAGCCAAUUAGUGAGUGGACGAUGAAGGUCAUGAAAGAUGCAGUGGAGAUUGAUGCAGCGAUCUAUCGAAAAACAUGA